CCCAGCGCUUCCCACCGCCGCCUGUCCCUCCUGCCGCCGCCGCGACGCCCGGCGCCGCCGCGCAGCGCCCCAGCCGCGCUCGGGGCGGGAAGGAGCCGCUCGCUCUCAGGGGAGAAGAUAAAAUUUAACAUUGGCCUCAAGGACAACUCUAAAUUUCAGUGAAGGCCAUCAGUUUGCUGGUGACAUCAGAAUUCAUAAAAGUGAAUUUUUUUAAAGAAGGUGAUAAAAAGAGAAGGAAAAUGCCGAAACCAAUCAACGUACGAGUGACCACCAUGGAUGCAGAGCUGGAAUUUGCCAUCCAGCCCAAUACCACGGGCAAACAGCUUUUUGACCAGGUGGUGAAAACAGUUGGUUUGCGUGAAGUUUGGUUUUUUGGGCUGCAGUAUGUGGACAGCAAAGGUUAUUCUACGUGGCUUAAGCUAAAUAAAAAGGUGACACAGCAAGAUGUUAAAAAAGAGAAUCCUUUACAGUUCAAAUUUAGAGCUAAAUUCUUUCCUGAAGAUGUUUCUGAGGAAUUAAUUCAAGAAAUAACCCAGAGACUUUUCUUCUUGCAAGUUAAGGAAGCUAUCUUAAAUGAUGAGAUAUAUUGUCCACCAGAAACUGCAGUUCUUUUGGCUUCCUAUGCUGUCCAAGCCAAGUAUGGAGAUUAUAAUAAAGAGAUGCAUAAACCAGGAUACCUGGCUAAUGAUAGACUCCUACCCCAGCGUGUUUUGGAACAACACAAACUGACAAAAGAACAGUGGGAAGAAAGAAUACAGAACUGGCAUGAGGAACACAGAGGAAUGCUGAGGGAAGAUUCUAUGAUGGAGUACCUGAAGAUUGCCCAAGAUCUAGAAAUGUAUGGAGUCAACUAUUUUGAAAUAAAAAAUAAAAAGGGAACUGAAUUGUGGCUAGGUGUUGAUGCUUUGGGUCUGAAUAUUUAUGAGCAUGAUGACAAGUUAACACCAAAAAUUGGUUUUCCCUGGAGUGAAAUCAGAAAUAUUUCAUUUAAUGACAAAAAAUUUGUUAUAAAGCCAAUCGACAAAAAGGCACCUGAUUUUGUUUUUUAUGCUCCUCGUCUGAGAAUCAAUAAACGGAUUUUGGCUUUAUGUAUGGGAAACCAUGAACUAUACAUGCGAAGAAGAAAGCCUGAUACCAUUGAAGUGCAGCAGAUGAAGGCUCAGGCGAGGGAGGAGAAACAUCAGAAGCAGUUGGAAAGGGCACAACUAGAGAAUGAAAAGAAGAAGAGGGAGAUAGCAGAAAAGGAGAAGGAAAGGAUAGAGCGGGAAAAGGAGGAGCUGAUGGAGCGGCUGCGGCAAAUCGAAGAGCAGACGGUGAAAGCCCAGAAAGAACUAGAAGAACAGACUCGAAAAGCUCUGGAACUGGACCAGGAACGAAAACGAGCAAAGGAAGAAGCAGAAAGACUUGAAAAGGAGCGUCGAGCUGCUGAAGAAGCCAAGUCCGCUAUUGCAAAACAAGCUGCCGACCAGAUGAAGAAUCAGGAACAGCUGGCAGCAGAACUUGCUGAAUUCACUGCCAAGAUUGCACUGCUGGAAGAAGCCAAGAAGAAAAAGGAAGAGGAAGCUACUGAGUGGCAACACAAGGCUUUUGCAGCCCAGGAAGAUUUGGAAAAGACCAAAGAAGAACUAAAAACUGUGAUGUCUGCCCCCCCUCCACCUCCACCACCACCAGUCGUUCCUCCAACAGAAAACGAGCAUGAUGAGCAUGAUGAGAAUAAUGCUGAGGCUAGUGCUGAGUUAUCAAAUGAUGGAGUGAUGAACCAUCGGAGUGAAGAGGAACGUGUAACAGAAACUCAAAAAAAUGAGCGUGUUAAGAAGCAACUCCAGGCACUAAGUUCAGAAUUGGCCCAAGCCAGGGAUGAAACCAAGAAAACACAAAAUGAUGUUCUUCACGCUGAGAAUGUUAAAGCCGGCCGCGAUAAGUACAAGACUCUGCGGCAGAUUCGACAGGGCAACACCAAGCAGCGGAUUGAUGAGUUUGAAGCCAUGUGAGAGCUGUUAUUUUGCAUACGUGUUCUUCAUAAGCUGAACCACCAACAGAGAAAAGCAGGCCUUUGCAGAUGUGAUGGAACGCAUCCCACCUUGCCAAAGCACUUACACCAAUUGACUGUGGUGGCUAAAGACAUACUUGAGGGGAGCUCUUCAGCAUUAAGGCAGUGUAAUGUCAUGCUUGAUUUUCUUUUCCUUUUGGCCCAGGGAGUGGAGGACAGCGUUCCAUCGCCUCCUGUCACAUUUUCAGUUUCCAUUGUUUUUUUUUUUCUGUUGGAGAUUAACACUAAGGAUCAUGUCUGACAAAUGUGUAUGCGUGAUUUCAGCACUUUGUACAGUUCAAAGGAUGAUGGUGACUUUAUGAGUGGUUAGCUGGAGCGCCCUGUUUUCUUUUGCCCCUUCCAUAUUUUGCCUGUGUGUAUUUCCACAUUCUGUCUCACUCAUAUUUCCCCAGCGUGCCCUUCUCCUUGCUGUGCUGAUAGCCAUCAUUCUGCCAUCAUACAGGUCAUCGGCAUGGCUAAAAUGAAGGUAGGCAACAGGAUAGACAGACAGUCUUUGAUAAUUGUGUAGAAGACAGCUAUGAAUCAUGAAAAGGAUUAGAAUGUUUAAUAGUGUAGGAUGCAGCUGGUGGUUAAUGUUUUAAGUUCCAGUUAUAUUAUUGGAUAUUUGAUAUUUGCCUACUUAAUUACAGUCAUCUUCGACAGCCGAAUUGAUUGGGGUUUCAUCUCCUUUCGUCUUUUGGUUUUCUUUGCUUACUGUUCACAAAGGUGUAGACAGCAGGUAGUAGUUCCCUGGGAGAAUUUAUUGAUGAAACACUACCUGCAAAUAGUAAUUGUCUCUGAAAGAUUAAGAAGUCUGUUCUUUCAUACACUGAUUUAGACAAACAGGUGUUUAAUUAAAAAAAAAUCAUUUGUUGGUAACUUAUUGUAAUCAUAAAAAAAAAAAAAAAAACCAACCCUGGACCUUUCUGGAAGGGCAGCACAUGAAAACAUCAGUUCCAAGGAGGGGACAGUAAUACUACCUCACUCCUACACCUGUGGUGAUUCUUUGUUCCAACCCAGUGGAGUGUGUAAGCUCUGUGUUCUAAAAUACAUACCAGUACUUUCAAUCAUGCAAGGAGUAUUUCUGAGAUUUCCUUCAGAAUAUCUUAGAGUGCUAAAUUUUUAACUGCCUUUGUUGAGCUUAAUUGCAGGACCAGCUCUCUUGGAGGGAUGUUGUAUGUCCAAGGAAGAGAGAGAGAGAGAGAGAGAGGGAGAGAGUAUGUGUGUGUAUGUAUGUGUGUGUGUGUGUGUGAGAGAGAGAUUUGCCCUUGUAGCAUAUGAAUGUCUGUACCUUCAUUUCUUGAUAUAAUUGUUACAUAAUCAUUUCAGCAGAUUUGGUUUCUAAAUCAUUGUGCUUAUUUUUUUCAUUCUCUAGCUAAAAAUACGUAAAUUUGGUUUGUUAAUCCUACUUUAGAAAUUAUAAUUUUAGGUUAUAUUGAGUUCAGCUAUGUCUUAAGAAAUCUUUCCAGUUGAAAGAUGUUCUAAUAUUUACAUGUUCUGGUAUUUUCUUUAUUGUAAAACAUCUAGACUUGGAGAUAAGGAAAGCCUUGUUUUCUCUGUGUGGUUCAGCUACUUUUCAUUUGGUAUUAUGCACUCAAAUUUACAUUUAUCUAUUAAAAUUGCCAUUUUGUUAAGCAUUUUUCAUGCACAGUAGAUUCAAGUUGUGUCUGAAAAUAUCUCUUGUGCUUUUUUGAUUUUGCUGACUAUAAAAGGAUUAAUCUGGGCAGACAUGAAAAGGAAAGGCUUCGCUUAAUAUAUUUUUUUUGGACUUUGUAGGACAAAAGAUAACUGGUUAAUAACCUUGAAGUGACUGUUGUAUGGUAGUUGUGCACAUGCUUCAAAACACUGCAGAAGAAAAUAUUUCUCCUUGCAGCACAUUAGAGGAAUAGACGGUGAACUCUGCUCUUCAUGCUUUAAAGCAUAAGUGUUCACUGUUCCAAAGCAUCAGGGCCAUUGCCAUAAUAAGUGGAAACUUGGACUUCCAUUGGAUUUUUAUUAAUUUUCUACAUUUUGAAUUGUGUGCACUACCAUUGCUACAUCAGUUUGAUAUCAGUGUUGGAAAACUACCAGUUAUAUUUGCUGUUUAUAAUCUAUUUGUAGAUUAGGAUUAAAAUGGAUUUAAUCCAUUUUUAAAGCUGUGUGAAUUUUUCUAAACAGGAACAACUAUUUGCAAUAUGGUUUCAUAGUGAUUAAACCAGUUAUAACUCUUAUUAGCAGUUGAGAGCACAUGUUCAUAUAGCAAUGUAAAAUAUAUUAAUGAGUAUUUGGUAAAUUCCAACAGACUUUUCCAUUAGCAUAAUUUUGUGUUGUACAAUUAAGUUACAAUUACAUCUAUAAUUUUGGAUAACAUUCAUUGGUUAACAAUAAAGUGACAAAAGCUCAUGGCUUCAA